UACUUCUUUCCACUGCAUAUAAAAGCUGAAAUUUCCACUCUAGCCUUGUAGCAGACAAACUAUUGAUUAAGUCACAUAUAUUACCACUAGAAACAAGGAAAAUGAGGGAAAUCGUUCACCUUCAGGUCGGCCAGUGCGGAAAUCAAAUCGGUGCUAAGUUCUGGGAAAUCAUCUCUGACGAGCACGGCAUUGACCCCACCGGCGCUUACCAUGGAGACAGCGAGCUGCAACUCGAAAGGAUUGACGUCUACUACAAUGAAGCCUCUGGAGGCAAAUACGUGCCCAGGGCAGUCCUUGUGGAUCUUGAGCCUGGCACCAUGGACUCCGUCAGGUCGGGACCAUUUGGCCAGCUCUUCAGGCCAGACAACUUUGUCUUCGGACAGAGCGGCGCCGGCAACAACUGGGCCAAGGGCCACUACACAGAAGGCGCUGAGCUUGUUGACUCAGUUUUGGAUGUAGUGAGGAAAGAGGCUGAGGGCUGCGACUGCCUGCAGGGAUUCCAGCUGACGCACUCUUUGGGUGGUGGCACCGGCUCCGGCAUGGGCACCCUCCUCAUCUCCAAGAUCAGGGAGGAGUACCCCGACAGGAUCAUGAACACAUACUCAGUCGUCCCCAGCCCUAAGGUGUCAGACACUGUAGUUGAGCCAUACAACGCCACCCUCUCGGUGCACCAGUUGGUCGAAAACACUGACGAGACCUACUGCAUUGACAACGAGGCCCUUUACGACAUCUGCUUCAGGACUCUCAAGCUGGCCACCCCAACUUACGGUGACCUGAACCAUCUCGUCUCCUUGACCAUGUCCGGUGUCACCACCUGCCUCCGAUUCCCUGGCCAGCUGAACGCUGACCUCCGCAAGUUGGCCGUCAAUAUGGUGCCUUUCCCCCGCCUCCACUUCUUCAUGACUGGUUUCGCUCCGCUGACCUCCAGAGGCAGCCAGCAGUUCAGGGCUUGCACCGUUCCAGAGCUGACCCAGCAGAUGUUUGACGCCAAGAACAUGAUGGCCGCUUGCGACCCCAGACACGGCCGCUACCUGACGGUGGCCGCCAUCUUCCGUGGCCGCAUGUCAAUGAAGGAGGUUGAUGAGCAGAUGCUGAACAUCCAGAACAAGAACAGCAGCUACUUCGUGGAAUGGAUUCCCAACAACGUCAAGACCGCCGUGUGCGACAUUCCGCCAAGAGGCCUCAAGAUGGCUGCCACAUUCAUUGGCAACUCGACCGCCAUCCAAGAGCUGUUCAAGCGCAUCUCUGAGCAGUUCACCGCCAUGUUCAGGCGCAAGGCCUUCUUGCAUUGGUACACGGGCGAGGGCAUGGAUGAGAUGGAGUUCACCGAGGCUGAGAGCAACAUGAACGAUCUCGUCUCCGAGUACCAGCAGUACCAAGAGGCUGCUGUGGAUGAUGAUGCUGAGUUUGAUGAGGAGCCGGAAAUUGAAGAGGAUUAAUGCUGUCAAUAAAAAAGACGUCCCCUAUUAUGACAGAAUCGCUGAUAAAGGCAGUGAUUUCUAAUCAUGUUUAAUAUUGUGGUAUGACUUAGUUUGGUAGGUUGGGCGGCAACAGCAGGUAUGGCCAAUUAAAAGUAUUUUAAAUCAGCGACUGUUCGGCUUAGUCUUGUUAAAUUUUCUGGUAUUGUUCUUGCAGUCAAGCGACCAUGUUAAUGAAUUUAAGUAAUGCAUUCCAAAUUUUUUUCGAACUGACUGAAGAUCAUCUGUGGUUAUCGCAUCAGCUAUUUUGAAAUAAAUCCUCUUUUAUAUCA